CCGUGUCGUGCCCCGUGCGGUGUGGUCGUGGUGUGCAAACUGCAAGGUAUAAGUGUGAUUGAGAGAAUACAGGAAGACUAGAGUUUGCAGACUUAGCGAAAGACGCGCUUUGCAUUUAUCAGCCGAUUGAUUUUUAAUUACCUUCGUAAGGAGAGAACGACUACCUGCCGACAACAGUAUAUAACAUGUCUAACAAAUUUGAUGCCCUCAAGACAAGUGAUGAAAGUGGUGACGAUGAAUCUCAAGCAAAAAAUAAUCAAAAAACGGAUAAGGACGAAGUGGUUGCUCCAGAAAUUAAUCCUAAUGAACACAAAUUGCAGUACGCGUAUGCACUCUGGUACAGUAGACGAAAUCCUGGCAAACAGAACAGCAUACAGAGUUAUGACCGGAAUUUAAAGUUGGUAGGACGGUUUGCGAGUGUCGAACAGUUUUGGGGACUCUAUAGCCACUUGACCAGGCCAUCAGAGCUGACCACUCAUACAGAUUUUCAUCUAUUUAAAAUUGGUAUCAAACCCAUGUGGGAGGAUGAAGCUAAUCAAAGAGGUGGGAAAUGGAUUGUUCGUUUAAGAAAAGGUUUAGUUUCACGUUGUUGGGAAAAUUUAAUCUUAGCAAUGCUGGGAGAGCAGUUUAUGGUUGGUGAAGAAAUAUGUGGUGCUGUUGUUUCAAUAAGAUUUCAAGAAGACAUAAUUUGUGUUUGGAAUAAAACUGCGUCUGAUUUAGGAACAACUAAUAGAAUCAGAGAUACACUACGACGUAUCUUACAUCUUCCAUCCGGUGCUUCAAUGGAGUACAAGACACAUAAUGAAAGUCUCAAAAACGUUACAAGAUCGUGAAGACGGAAAAAUCGAAUUACUUGAGGCUAAGUAAGCUUCAAGAAGAAUUAAAAUGAAAAUCGAGAAUGAUAAACUUGCAUGAAUGUACAGCAAUCUGCAAUGCAAGGCAUUGAAUUUUUGACAUUUUGUAAAUACUGCUGUAAAUAAUAGAUAUAGAAAUAAAAUGUAGGCGAAUAUUUCAUCUCCUUUUACCAUAAAGAAUUCAACAAGUAUUUUCUGAAUUUUUCAUUCAUAGGCUAUCAAUAGUUAAAAACUUGCAAUUGAAAUAAAGAAAAGAAAUGCAUUUUAUAUAUUACAUUUUUUUAUUUAGUAUGGUAUUUUGUUUUGUUUUCGCAUUUUUUUAUGUAUCAAAUUCAGACACUUAUAAAAUAGUUGUUGGUACAGAAAUAACGUAAAUAGUAUAUAAAUAAAAAUAGAACUUAGUCAUACUUUUUGUGAGGUAAAAAAUGUCAAAAUUUUAUUUCUUGAGUAUGUAUAAAAAUAUUGCUCCUUAUUCCAAUAGGCCAAAACUUACAGACUAGCAUUCUAGAUGAGGAACGACAAGUAAAUUUACAAAUUAUAAAUGUUAUAAAAGAACACUUGUGCAUCUUGUUCCAAGUUUCGAAUUCCAAGAUAAUCAUCCAUCUCUAUCAUUACUAAUUUUCCAUUAUAUUAUGUCAAUCAAUAAUAAAUAUUAUUUUUACAACACAUGGAAAAACAUGAUUAAGCUUAUCAUUUAAUUUGUGUGCGUGAUAUUCAAAUCACAAGCUUAAAAUUCUUAAAAGGAUUUAAAAAUAUUAAAGCCUCAAAACUAUUAUCGUCACCAUACCUGUAAUAACGUUUUAUAUUAAUAAAAAUUUUUUGUGAUUUAAUGAAAA